AUCACACACUUUACUCACUGCAUGGGUUUGCUUUUUUUUUUUUUUUUUUAAGUCACUCUAUAAAUAUUUUCCUCUCUGUAGAUCUAUUGCUCUCAUAUGCACGCGCAGGCUGAUCCAGGCUUGGGAGAAGUUUUGGGAGAGUUUACUAAAGCACGAGAAUAACGGGCUUCGUCUGAUUUCAUCCAGAACUCUUCAAAACCUCAGAAAGAAUAAACGGAUCUGAACAUUAAAAUGCAUCGCUGGAAAGUCGCUCAGGUGGCGGUGCUGCUGUGGUUAUUGGCUGCGGUUGGGUUCGCUCAGGUGCUGGACCGAACGCUCAUCCUCACCAAUGAGAGGAGCUCCAUCGAGAGAACAUACGAGCUGACCAAAUACCUGGACCACCAGCUGAAGGAGAUCAGAGACACUUACCUGUCCUAUCUGGGUCCUCCAUUCAGCGAUCCCGGCUUCUCUCCUCCACGACCCAACAGCUCCUCUCUGUCCGUGCCCAGCGCGGCAACGCGGGUGGACUUAUGGCGCGGGCUGGAGAACGGCGCCCGUCUGGCGCAGAACCAGCGGGCCUACAGUGUUCUCCUGUGUGCCGUGAGGGAGCUGGCGCGCUCCACCCUGUGUCCGUACCUCCAGAGCUCCCUCAUGCACUUCUGCUCCGGCCUCAGCGGCCUGCUGGGAUCCAUAUCCGGCCUGAUGAACGCCCUGGGCUACACCAACCUCCCGCCCUCCACGCCCGCUCAAGGAUACGCCCCACUUCUGUCCUCACAGUUUCAGAACAGCCCUGCUCCUCUGCGGAGUUACGAGCCUCGGGGCGCGAGAGAGGGAACGACUCGGGCGGAUCUGAAGCGGGGCAGAAGAGGAAGGAGAAAAGAAGGAGAGAGCUGGGCUGCUAAAGAGGAGAGAGAGAAAGAGGAAGGAAUGGAGCGAUGGGGGAAACGGAGAAGACUGUUAAGCAUUGAUGAAGAGAAAAUCCUAAAACUCAACAUGAACUACACAGCUUUAAAAUUCGGAAAGCAGCCUGUACUCUUUUCAUCGGCGUCUCUACAGCAUCGUCGAGCUGUUCGGUCCCCUCACGCUGGACUCUCUCCUCUCUCGCUGAUCUAUCAGUACGGAGGGUCGGCCGCUGAGGUUCACACUUUGCUGGCGGCCCCAGUGUUGUCGUCUCAUCCCGCGUCGAAUGACUUCUCGCGGAAAGUGGAGGGAUUUUGGGUACUGAGAGAGCUGCAGAGCUGGCUUUGGAGAUCAGCGAAAGACUUCACCAGACUGAAGAAACGACUGCGCGUUUGAGACCCAACAGCGGCUUCGUUUCGAAACCUAGCGAGCUGCCUUCUAAAAAAAUUCCGCAAACCAAAAAAGUUAAUUGCGAUAUACAGUGGUGGCCAUAAUGAUUAGUACACUAGUAUUUUCACCAGCUAAAAAAAUCAGUUAUUUCUAUCUUUGGCUGUAGUGUGUCAGAUGAAAAUACUACUGUCAUAAAAAUUUUUGGUCACCACUGUACACGGCUAUGAGGUCACUGAGGUCUGGACCUCGGUACAUUUUUCAUAUUCAGAAAUAGAAUCAGAAGUUCUCUGAAUGACUAAUCAGCACUUUAAAACUCCUCCUAUGAGAGCUUGAUUUUGUUUGCUACUGUAGCAAUACCUGGCAACACUGCAUCGCCGCCGGCACUAAUAAUAACGAUAAUAAUAGUAUAAAAAAGCCCAUAGAGGGCAUGGCAACGUUAUUGCUGACUGUAUGCCAAGUUUGAUAAGACAAAUGCAAUGAUCAUCGUGAUAUUAUUAUCUGUAAGAAACAGUAUCAACACUAUCAAAAACACUAGUGUAAUAACACUAGAGAUCUGUAUAACAAGUAGGUUACAGAAUGAAAUGUGGCAGAUAUGCAGGCCAUUAAGAAAGCUAUGCUAUUUCAUUCCUUUCACAAAGUCAUGCUAAAACAUUCAUAAGAGCACUAGACAAAGUUCUUAUCAGAUAGCAAUGCUUACUUGUGAAAAUUAUUACAGUAAUAACUACUGUUGCAUGAAUAGCAAACAAAUAAUAAAAUGAUCCACUCUUAAUCUAUAGUAAAGUAUGAACAAAUUUUGAUGCAAUAAAUAAGGUAAUUUAACAAUGUUCAUCUUCACAAAUCAGAGAAAACAUCUUUCACAAACAUCUGCAUGUGUGUCUCUUUUAAAGUGUAUAUGUAACCUUGGACCACAAAACUAGUCAUAAGGGUCAAUUUUUUAAAAUUGCUUUCCAUUGAUGUAUGAUUUGUUGGACAAUAUUUGGCUGAGAUACAACUAUUUGAAAGUCUAGAAUCUGAGGGUGCAAAAAAAAUCUAAAUAUUGAGAAAAUCACCUUUAAAGUUGUCCAAAUGAAGUUCUUAGCAAUGCAUAUUAUUAAUCAAAAAUGAAGUUUUGAUAUAUUUACAGUAGGAAAUUAACAAAAUAUCUUCAUGGAACAUGAUCUUUACUUAAUAUCCUGAUGAUUUUUGGCAUAAGAGAAAAAUUUAUAAUCUUGACCCAUACAAUGUAUUGUUGGAUAUUGCUACAAUUAUACCUCUGUGCUGCUUAUGACUGCUUUUGUGCUCCAGGGUCACAUUUGCAGUGUAUAAAAUGAGUUGUGUUUAUUACAUAUAGCACAAUUCUUCACUAAUACAGCCAUGCACAACUCACACAGAAGUCACUUUCAAACCAAGCAGUUCUCUGUUGGACCAACAGCUAAUUUGCGUGACUGAAUUGAACCUGUUGUGAAAUGUGCGUGGGGAGAUCAGCUCGCUAGGUUUGGGCAGAGAGCGGAAACAGACUGAUUCACGCUCUGUGGAUGGAGAUCUGAGGAUCUCAGAUGGUCACGCUUUGCACUAAAUCACCAAACAGAACAGAGCCGCCAGUACGUCACGGACAAAGGGAAGAGAGCGCUCUUUGAGAGAGCCAGACGUGAUUCAGCAGAAGGAAAGUGAAUCAUGCUCGGCGUCAUGCAGUAGUGAAAGGGUCAACGGGCAAAAGUGGAGGAAAUGUGGCAUAAUCAAAGAAACAAUGGAGAGUUUUUGCUGCCUCACAAACUGAGUCAGUAACGCCUCACUGACACUGACUCGUCUUUUUCCAGACACACAAAUACACUCCUACACAUUUGGAAACACAUGCACAAAUCUGAUGUUCAGAUGGCGUGUGUGCGAACAGAAAAGGAAACAUAUGAAAGUAUUUUAUACAAAAACUUCAGAAUAUUUUUAGGCAUGGUACCAUGGUGAUAUUAUGUUUUCUGGAAAUGUACAAUGGUAAUAUCAUGGUAUUUUUGUAGAAACAAUGAGUACUAUGUAAAUAACAUGGUAUGUGAAUAAGGCUAUAAUUUAGUACCAUAGUAUAUUUCAAAGUACUAUGGCAUUACUAUGUUUUUGAGCAUUGAACCAUGUUAAUACUAUGUUUUGUUGUUGUUUAGAAAUGUACAAUGGUGAUACCAUGGUAUUUUGUAGAAACAAUGAGUACUAUGUAAAUACCAUGAUACGUGAAUAAGAUCAUAAUUUUGUACCCUGGUAUAUUUCAAAGUACUAUGGUAUUACUAUGAUUUGGGGAUGGCACCAUGGUAAUGUUGUUGAUGCUUUUUAAAUGUACAAUAGUAAUACCAUUGUAUUUUUGUAGAAACAUUGAGUACUAUGUGAAUACCAUGGUAAUAAUUUAGUACCAUGGUAUUAAAGGGUCAUGUUUUUGGGUAUGGUACCAUGGUAAUAGUAGUAAAGUAGUUUGGAGUAGCAUGCAAAUACCAUGGUAUGUGAAAAUGAUAACCGUUCAGUGCCAUAUUCCCAUGCUUUUACAUGAAAGGAAAGCGUUCUUGAAGAUUUAUUGGGGUGUCAAGUAAAUACCACAGUAUGUAAUAAUACACCGAGGUAUUUAUUUGAAACUUCAGUGUACCUCCAAGAAUGUGUGAUACAAAAAAAAAAAAAAAGUACCAUAAUACAAUGUUUUUGGAAAAGUACCAUGGUAUUAUUGUGUUUUUGAACAGUUUCAUGGCAAUCAUUUAUUCUUAAUUCAAUCAUCAAUUCUUAAACAGUAUUCUUAAACAUACUGUACCUUGGAAUGCCAUUGUGUAUUAAUAUCACAUUCAUACAGUCUGUUAAUAUACAUCAAAGUACUACAUUAUUACCAUUCUUUUACCAUGGUACCACCACAGUUUCUUUUUGUCUACACACAUGACCGUGAGUUAUGAUGCAGAUGAGAGGGUGUAUGAAUAGGAGUGUUUGUGUACAGUCUGUACAGUGAUUUCUGUAUGUGUGUAUAUGUCUGUUAUAUUUAUUUAAUACUAUUUAUU